GCAAAGUCACAUUAACUGAACAUUACAACUAUCAUAGUGUAUCAUCUUAUUGUAAUCAAUGUAGCUCUAGCUGUAUGUAGCUGUCAUCUUGAGUUAAUGGACAACCUGAUGAAUAAUUAUAAUUCUGCUUUCCAAAUCUGCACUUUGGUCUGGGUCUUUACUCACAUUUUAAAGUAUUGGUUAAACCUACCCACUUAACUUUUUAUAGAGUUCACAUGCUGGUCUGGUAAAAGCCUUGGAUUGGUUCCACUGACCUAUGAUGGCGAAAGCUUAGUUAAGCACUACAUUUUAGGCACUAGACACAUUUAUCCACAGCCCUUGGAUCAGUCCCAGUUUGGAACCAUAUUUUUACGAGAGCAACAACCUGAUAUCAACUGCUAUAUCUGAGUGUAUAUAAAUGAGUCCAGAUGGGCCAUUCACAUAUCCCCUCUGUUUAAAUUACACAUGUUCUUAGUAGCUCAAAUUAUGAUGCAGAGCAUCAAUAUCUGUUUAGAAAGCUGUAUCACUGAGUGAAUAUUGUCCCAUUAAAAUUAAAUGUGCUGAUGUGUGAUUGCAUUUAAAUCAAACUACAAUAACUGUUCGCAUAGACUUCAGUUUAACAAGGUUCUUGUAACAAGGAUGCAUUACAAGAGGAAGAGCUCCUCAGGGGAAAAAAACAUGCAACAUCGCACCUGAACACCAGAAUGACAGGAAUAGCUGCCUUGAGACAAGGAUGUAGUUAAAUUAAGAAAAUGCAUGAACAUCCGUUUGCUUAUACUGUGUAUUUAACUGUAUUCUUUCAAAAUAAGUCAGGAUUAGUGACUCUUUAAUAAGUCCCCCUGGCUCUUGACAAACAGCAACACCUCCACACUGAAACUGGUUUUGUAUUCAAAUAUAAUGUAUAGGCUGAGGGCAGGAUGAAGUCAAGUCAAGACUCCUAAUAAAAGCAGCAGAGAUCAGUUCGCAGUACUUUGGAAUUAUAACCGAAACACAACAGAAAACAUAAUUGAUCUUGAGAUGAACAGACAAAGAAGAAAAACAGAAAAUCAGAAGGGUGCUGGAGACAGAGGACAGUGGGCCAGUAAAAGAGAAUAUAUUCUGGUUGUUGCAGGAAGUGUAGUCGGCCUGGGCAACGUGUGGAGAUUUCCUUACCUCUGCUACAAGAACGGUGGAGGUGCCUUUCUGGUGCCAUAUGGUCUGUUAGCUGUGGUGGUUGGGAUACCUCUGUUCCUACUGGAGAGUUCAGUUGGUCAGUACACUCAGGAAGGAUUCAUCACCUGCUGGAGGAAAAUGUGUCCACUGGCACAAGGAAUUGGAUAUGGAAAUACUAUAAUUAAACUGUAUGACUUCAGCUACAUUAUAAUUCAAGUCUGGGCUCUCCUCUACCUGGUGUUCUCAUUCAGAUCCCAGCUCCCCUGGGGCAGUUGUGAGAACACCUGGAACACAGUGAACUGUAUGGGUCUUCAGAUUCAGACAAAUCAUACCGUGCUGACAAACACCACCUCUGCUGCUACUGAGUUCUGGGAACGGCGAGUGCUGGGCAUGUCUGGAGGCAUUGAGGAGCUGGGCAGUGUGAGAUGGGAGCUGGCUUUGUGUCUUCUGGCCAGCUGGAUGUUCUGCUACUUCAGUAUCUGGAAAGGUGUCAGAUCUUCUGGAAAGGUAGCGUAUUUCACAGCCACAUUCCCUUACCUGAUGCUUCUGAUCCUACUUAUCAGAGGUUUGACUCUACCUGGAGCUUGGGACGGGAUCUACUACUACCUGUAUCCAGACCUGAACCGCCUGGCAAACCUUGAGGUCUGGAUAGAGGCAGGAUCUCAAAUAUGUUUUUCCUACAGUCUGACUGCAGGGACUCUAAAUGUCCUGGGCAGCUAUAAUGAGUACAACAACAACUGUUACAAGGACUGUUUCUGGCUCUGUCUGCUGAACAGUGGGACCAGUUUUGUUGCUGGAUUUGUCGUCUUCUCUGUUCUUGGAUUCAUGGCUCACGAACAGGGUGUUACUGUCGACACUGUGGCUGAGUCAGGUCCAGGUUUGGCCUUCAUCGCUUACCCUCAGGCAACAGCUAUGAUGCCUUUGCCACAGUUCUGGACAGUCUGCUUCUUCCUGAUGCUUUUUUUACUGACUGUUGACACACAUUUUGUGACAGUUGAGUGUUUUAUCACCUCAAUAAGCGACUUGUUUCCGAAGCUGUUUCGUAAAUCUGGAAGACAUGAAAUCUUUGUCCUUGUCAUCUGCUUGUUCUUCUUCCUCAUACACCUGAUGUUGGUUACUGAGGGAGGGAUUUACAUAUUCCAGCUUAUCGAUUAUUAUGGCACGACCAGAGUAUGUCAUUAUUUCAUGGCUUUAUCCGAGUGUCUGGCUCUGGCCUGGAGUUUUGGUGCUGAUCGUAUUAUUAACAUCAUUGAGGACAUGACAGGACACAGACCUUCAGUUUUCUUCAAACUGUGCUGGAAAUACAUCAUUCCUCUGCUGUCACUGACUUCCUUCAUGCUGUACCUGGUUGAUUACAAACACCUCAAGAUUAAUGACUGGUACACUUACCCUGACUGGGCUUACGCACUAGGAUGGACCAUGACACUCUCCUCUGUUCUCAUGGUGCCACUGUGGGCAGCUGGACAGAUGUGUUUGACAGCAGGGACCUUCAGACAGCGUUUGUCUGUUCUUUGUUGUCCUGCUGAAGAUCUAGCCUGGCAGAGGAGAAACAUUGGAGAGGAGGGAGCAACUGUUGAACUGACGACGUCAGCAGUGACAACUUAGUGUGACCUGCAAAGUCAUAUUAACUGAACAGUACAGCAAUCAUAGUGUAUAAUCUUAUUGUAAUCAAUGUAGCUCUAGCUGUAUGUAGCUGUCAACUUGAUCUCUGGAAAGUUGUGAUGGGUGUUUCUCUGUGUUUGUUUUGACAUAUUGACUUAAUGGGCAAUCUGAUGAAUAAUUAUAAUACUUCUUUCGAAAUCUG